GGACGCGCCCAUCCCUCUUCUCCUUCUCCGGAACAGGCAACAUGAGCUACGGAUCUGAAGUCUUCUCCUCCUCCUCCUACAGGAGGAUCUUCGGGGAAUCUCCCCGCUAUGCCUCCUCUCCCUCCCGCCCAUCAAUGGGCGCCUCGUCACGCAUGUCGUACAGGUCCUCUUCGGCGUCGCGCACCGGCUCCGCGGCGCUGGGCUACAGCAGAAAGUCCGGCCGCUCUUUUGCUCCGAUGCCCCUGGACACCAUCGACCUGGCCCAGAGCAGCGUCGUCAACAAUGAGUUCAAGAUCAUCCGCACCAACGAGAAGGAGCAGAUGCAGGGUCUCAACGACCGCUUCGCCAUGUUCAUUGAGAAAGUGCGCAACUUGGAGCAGCACAACAAAGUGCUGGAGACGGAGUUGGUGGCGCUGCGGCAGCGCCAGGCCGAACCUUCCCGCCUGGCGGACCUGUACCAGCAGGAGAUCCGAGAACUACGAUCCCAGCUGGAUGAGCUGAACGGAGAGAAGUCCCAGCUGUUGAUCGAGAGGGACAAUAUCGAAGACGACCUGCAGAAACUCAGGGGAAAGUAUGAGGAGGAGUUCCGAGCCAGGGAGGAGGCGGAGGCCGCCCUCAAGGCUUUCAAGAAGGACGUGGAUGACGCCACCAUGGUUCGCCUGGACCUGGAGAAGAAAGUGGAAUCUCUCCUCGACGAGAUCAACUUCCUCAGGAAGGUCCACGACGAGGAGGUGGCCGAACUGUCAGACAUGAUCCAGGCGGCUCAGGUGUCCGUGGAGAUGGAGGUUUCCAAGCCGGACCUGACCUCCGCCCUCAAGGAGAUUCGAGGUCAAUACGAGUCCAUGGCGUCAAAGAACCUCCAGUCUGCCGAGGAGUGGUACAAGACCAAGUUCGCCGAUCUCUCCGAGCAGGCAACCCGUGGCAACGAAGCCAUCCGAGCCAGCAGGGAGGAGGUCAACGAGUUCAGGAGGCAACUGCAGUCCAGAACCAUCGAGAUCGAGAGUUUGAGGGGAACCAACGAGUCUCUCGAGAAGCAGCUUAGGGAGAUGGAGGAAAGGCACAGUGUGGAGAUCGGAAACUACCAGGAGAGCAUGGGGGAUUUGGAGAACGAUCUGAGGGCCACCAAGAGUGAGAUGGCCCGUCACCUGAGGGAGUACCAGGACCUGCUGAAUGUGAAGAUGGCACUGGAUAUUGAGAUUGCAGCAUACAGGAAGCUGCUGGAAGGCGAGGAGACCCGCAUCGGAACAGGGAUGACCUACACCAGCCCAGCCAUCAGCAGUGGCCCGAGCUACAACUACCAGACCCGUGUCUACACCAGCUCUGGCAAGAGCUCCAAAAAGGAAGGCAAGGAUGAAGACCAGCAGGCGAGCAAGGUCACGGCCAAGGUCUCGCAACGUGAAGUGUACGAGGAGACCAUCGUCACCACCAAGAAGGUGGAGAAGCAGCCGGAAGGCAAUGAGAAUCAGAAAAACUAGAAUCCUAUUUAAAACCCUGCUCCUGACCAGCCAGAAUCUCUCUAGUCUCUUACGUUUAAAAAAACAAAUCUCAGCCAUUACUAUACUCACAUUGUGGAUUUAAAAAUCAUUGUAGCGUUUGAAAGUUCAAGUGGUCGUGAGUGUCGUAGAACAAGAGUAAUAGGUUUGACCUUACCUGCUUGGUUCCUUGGUUAGAUACUACUUUGGUAAAUCCUUCCACCUCUUGAUACCUAUACUCUCCAGACUAGGAUGUGUACCGGUCUGAGAUGGUUCCUUUUGACGCCCACAAGUGACUAAAGUAAAGGACGUGGCGCUGGGGUCACCAACAUUAAAAAAAUGAACAGAAGAACAUCUUAUGUUGAAGAAGAAUAGUGCGACAACGAGGAGACCGCUGUCAGUCAAAAACCAAAAUGGGAGUAAGAAAUGAAAUUAUGGGUCAAAGUAGUAAGAUGCUGUGUUGUUGGUGACCUUCGCUCCUGAGGUUUGUUGACACGUUUAUUUAGUCCCCCUCCUCAGAUAAACAUUAAAGGAAAAGCAUUAAAGAACAAACAUAGGUGCCAAUGUAUGUUUUGCCCAAAGGUUCUCAGCUCAUGUUCUAACACUGCGUUCGGGAAGUCAGUAAACCUGACAAUAACGUUUGUGAACCAUAAUCUGUUCUGCCUUCAUGAACGUACAUUAAGUAUGACGUUAACAUUUUAAAGGCUAAUUUCAGUACUUGAUGCAGGGCAACUGCCAAAAAACCAACACAGCCAAAAAAAAAAGUUUUAGAACGUUGGGGUUUAAAAGCAGUCUUUGAACGCAGGUUAGAAUAUGAAGCCGAGGACUGAGGGUGAGGUUUCAAUGUAAAAACUGGAGGUUGAUUUGCUGCCAUACAAAUGGCGCCUAUGGAAACAUUCACUUCACCAGUGUCCUCUUUCUUCACCGUCACACAUCUGAGCACUUACGUAGCACCUGUUCCUGAGCCCUGUCAGGGGUUUACCUGGUCUCACUUUGGUCUAGCUGCUUCUAUAUAACAAGCUGUGAGUUUCAAUCCAUGCAUUCCAGCGUGUGUUACCGUAUGCACUUGAAGACAAGAAUUCACUUCGACUGUCAAAGCUCGGAUCAUGAAGGUUUCAGAGAUAAAGCACACACGGAGCACACAACUGCGGGCAGGAUACAUCACUGUUCAACAAGUCUUACUGGACUCCAUAAUAACCUUUAUUAAGCAGCACUUUUGGAUUUAUUGGAUUUUGCACAACAGGUGUGACAUUUUUACAGUGCAAGAUAAGGAAUAAAUUGAGGAAAAGCUAAACAAGCAUUACACACGUUGAGUCGAGGCCAAUUUUUGGCUAUGUUCUUUGAAAUGUUGAAUUUAAAUGUCACACUCACAUGAAUUUCUAAAACACCAUUGCUCAUCUGGGAAACUAUGACUGUGAUGCAGCUUUCAUGUGGAGUGUUUUCAAGCACAACAGCACUCAACCCAGAGAAUUUUGUUCACCAACCUGCGGUCACUUGCCUGCCAAACCAGAGCAACCUCUCUUGCUAACUGUGGCCAUGACUGGAUGGAAAUACUGUUAUCGUUUGAACUCACCUCCAGAAAUCACAUGUUUAUACAGAUCCUCACUGCACCAGUGUGCACUGCUGACCAACUGUUUGACUCUCCUGCUGCUCAUCUUGAUCAUCCAUCCACUGCUCAACGGUACCACAAAAAAGGAGGUUGUGUCUGACUUUUGCAUACUAGGCUGUUGUGGAAUUACAUGAGGCUUGAUGCGUGCUGCUUCAGUGUGUGUGUGUGUGCGUGUGUGUGUGUGUGAGUGGUCUUACGCACAACUGUCACAACUAGACUUUAGGAUGGGCAACGGUGGUGACAAAUAUCUCAAUCACAAUACGGGACGCUCUCAUGUCCUCCACUGUAUGCCAAAGGAGUUUUCAUCCAUCAAUUCACGACUGCAACACUGCCAGACUUUAGCACCAAAGCAUUCAACUCUAGCCGUAGAACAAAACCUGUAGGAUGCAAACUGCCUUAAAACACCAGCUGCAUUAACUUGGCCAUGUGUGUGACGUGUGUGAUUCUAUUCAGUGAAGUGUUUUAGCAUCUCUUUAGGAGAGUUUCGUAGAGCAGCCAUUUUGAAAAAGAUGUUUUGCGAUUGAUUGUAGAUGCUAUGCCACUAUGUUAUGACUGCAUAUGUAUUGCUGUUUGACACCAUAUCAAUAAAGACUUUAACAAAGACA